AUGACUUCACCAAGCAUCCAUAAGGAUUUAGUUAAUUGUUGUGCUAUAGAGACGACAAGGUCUAUGAUCAAUGAGAUGGGCGAUUUCUUGUUUUCAAUUUUGGUUGAUGAGUCUCAUGAUAAUUCUAUAAAAGAACAAAUGAUAGUUGUUUUGAGAUUUGUUGACAAAAGUCGGCAAGUGAAGGAGCGUUUGUUGGACAUUUGCCACAUCGCUGAUACUUGUGCCCAAUCACUCAAGGAUGCCAUUGAUGCAAUAUUUUCUACACAUGGGUUGAGCAUAUCUAGUCUGAGAGGUCAAGGUUAUGAUGGAGCAAGCAAUAUGUCAGGUGAGUUCAAUGGCUUAAAAGCUUUAAUUUUAAGAGAGAACCCAUGUGCUAUGUAUAUUCAUUGCUUUGCUCACCAGCUUCAGUUGGCAGUUGUUUCUGUGGCACAUAGGAAUGUUAUGCUUAGUGAUUUAUUUAACAUGCUUGCUAUUAUUGUGAAUUUAGUUGGUGCAUCAUGUAAAUGUGUAGAUGCUCUUCGAACAAGUUAUCAUGUUGAAAUUCUGGAGAGGCUUAAUAUUGAGAAACUUUCUGGUGGAACUGGUCAAUUUCAAGAAAUGAGUUUGGCACGCCCAGGUGAUACUAGAUGGGGCUCACAUCUAAAGACAGUUACUCACUUUAUUAGUAUGUUUAAUGCGAUCAUAGAUGUUCUUGAGAAUAUAUCAGAAGACGGCAUCAUUUUACAGCAAAAAUUAAUGGCCAUAAGACAGAUGGACACUAUGCAAGAUUUUCAAUUUGUGUUCAGUCUCCAUUUUAUGUUUGAAAUUCUUGCAAUUACAGACGACCUUUCACAAGCCUUACAGAAAAAGGAUCAGGAUAUUCAGAAUGCUAUGAGAUUAUUGAAGUUGUAUUCAAUCUUGCAAGAGUUGAAUGAUCGUUUUCCAGAAACAACUACUAAGCUUUUUACUUGCAUUUCGUGUUUAAGUCCAAGAGAUUCACUUGCAGCUUUUGAUGUAUGUAAAUUGGUACGACUUGCUCAGUUAUAUCCUAUGGAUUUCAAUAGUGAAGAGCUUUUAUUAUUUAGACCUCAACUUGACAAGUUUCUUAUGCUCAUGAGAAUGGAUGAAGUUUUCUUCAACCUCAAAAGCAUAUCUUGUGUAGCUCAGAAGUUGGUUGAAACUGGAAGUUCUUGUUAUUUUCCAUUGGUUUAUAGGCCGAUCACAUUGGUUUUGAUAUUACCUGUGGCAACUGCAAGUGUUGAAAGGGUAUUCUCUGCUAUGAAUCUAAUCAAGAAUGAUCUACGCAACAAAAUGGGAGAUGAAUUGUUGAAUGACAAUUUGGUAGCUUACAUGGAGAGAGAUCUUUUUAUGAAACUUGAGAAUGAGACAAUAUUGCAACAUUUUCAAAAUAUGCAACCUCAUAGAAUUCAGUUGUCUAAACUUGCAAUUUCAAAGUAA